AUUCUUAUCACACAAAAUUAUCCAUUAUUAAAAAAUUAAAAAGUCGAAUUUUAAUUUAUUUUUCCAAAUUAUACGUGUUUCAUUAUAAAAAUGCUUGUGACAACAUAUCAACACGAUUAUGUACCCCCCUUUACAAAGCGCUAUGAUUUCUUUAAAGCUCAUGGACCAACUGGUGAAAAGGAAGAAGUUGAAUGUCAAUGUAUUGAGGAGAAUAAAAUAGAUAUUCCUAAAGUAGUACAAAACCAAUGUCCCGUAGAAUGGACAGGUGUAGCUCCAAUGGGCCGUUUAAUAAAUCCCCGUUUAAUACCUACUAAAUUUUCCAGCGAUCAAAUUGAUGCCAUAAAUAAUGAAUCUCAAAACGAUUGCUUUAGGCAACAACCUAAUCGUUUUCUAAAAAUACUACGAACUGCUUAUCCGGAUCUGUAUGAGAGACUCAAACAAAUGCCCAAAGAUGAACUUAGUAGACGUUUGGAACGUAAUCGCAUGUACACAACUUAUCAGGUAGAUUUCUGCAACAUUAAUGAAUAUCCUGAGGGAAUCUACGAGUCUCUUAAAAUCGAAGAUGAAACUAGUAAGCUUAAUGCAAGCAAACUACUGCAGCAACAAGAACCAUGUACUGAAUUAAGAGCUAAUGUUAUGCAAGAGUUGGCGAAAGAAGGUGCCAUUGACAGAUUAAAUAGCAAAGACCCCUGUGAAAAAAUCUAUAAACCUUUUAGAAUAUCAUUUGUGGAUUCGUCCCGCUUCAUCAAAUCUGGUAAUAACUCCCACUGGCGCAGUAAUAUUUUCACUAAGAGAGCUAACUUUACCGAAUAUAUGGAUACUAUUAAUAAGAUCGGUUGUGUCAUCAUGAAAAAUAAUAUUCAUGAUCAUCAGAAAUGUACCGGAAAACAUUGUAGGCAUCAACUGAUUCACGCCUGCACAAAUUUAAAGUGAAUUAAUAUCUUUAAAUGUUAAUAACUAAAAUUGUCUACAUGUAUAUUUUAUUGACCAAAAAAUAAAAAUUU